AUGUCGUCCAAAGAAACGAUGUGGGAACGGUUUGGUAGGAAAGUACGAGAAAAGAUCAUAUCUCAUCUUGAUCCUCCAACUAGGUGUGUUCGAAAUAAUGCAAUUAGUAGUUUACUAAUUUCUCGUUCCAGGCUCAAUUUAUCACUUUGCUCAAGAAAAACUUAUAAUGAAAUGGUCGGAAGAAUGGAAUAUUUUCGAAGGCUUGUUUUCAAGUAUAAUGAAUGGGAUUAUAAUUUCUACGAAAUUGAAAUGAAUUACGAAAAUCAUGAAGAUUGUGAUAGCUAUAUUCGGUUUGUAGACUAUUCAGAAGAACGCGAGAAGAGGUAUAUCGAAGAGGAAGACAGAUAUGAAAGUGAAUCCGAAUCGGAUAAUUGUAAUUCAGAAUCAGAAGAAAUUUCCGACUCGGAUGAAAUAUCGGAGUUUUCAAUGGGACAGUUCGAACGAAGAAAUAUAUUUGAGCAGACUAAAGUUACAAGGUAAAUUUUAAUAUAGUUCCGAAACACCGAUGAAUAAGACCUGGCUUAGUGGUUGAGAAAAGUUCGAAAUUCGAUUCAAGUCUUAAAAUCUAUUCAUUUCAGUCAUAGCGAUGUAGUAGGUUGGGGAGUGAAAACCAAACCAAUGAUUGAAGAUGGUGAUAUGGCAACUGUUGCAUCUAAUUAUUUCAAAAAAAUCCUUGCCAAACAUUAUUGGCAUAUUCAAUCUAUUGAAGUCGUUGUACCCAAUAUUGACUUAUUCGAUAUGAAAAUCGAUAAUUUCAAAUAUUUGGAUGAUUUGACUGUUGGCAAUUUGGUCACAUUCUGCUUUUUAAUCACAAGAACUUCGCAGCCGCUGAAAAGUUUAACUUUAGAUUUUUUGAAUGACAGAUGGUUGUAUACAUCUAUGAGAAGUGUCAUGUCAUUUAAACAGGUAACGUAACGUAAAUUAAAUUUAAUUGGUUUGAAAACUUUAUUUUUCAAAGAUUUACGAAGUCACGGACUAUUUUACUGCACCCCUUGGUGAAAUAUUUUAUGAGGAGUUUAUUCGUUUGAAUGCAAAAAUGGUAUGCCUUCAUUUUCAUGACAACUUGACUGUUGCUGAUAUCAACCAAUAUAUUCAUUCUUGGAAAAAUGGCGAAAUCAAAAACAAUAUGAAGUUCAUUAUUUUUGAUGGAGUGAAAUAUUUGGGUAUAGAAAACAUUUUGGAUGGAGUCGAAAACAUUGAAUUAGACUCAAAAGUCUAUCAUUUGAAGUAAGCAUUUAUAAAAAUUCAAAUUUUGAUAUAUUUAUAUUCUUAUCGAUUUUCAGAUACAGUACAAUUAAAAACGGUCGAGUUUAUCGAACAAUGAAUGAUGCGAACCCGAAUAGUUAUAUGGAUAUUGUUUAUAACAAUAACCGAUUUGUUAUCGCUGUUAAUAACAAAAAAUCGAAUUUACGAACAAAACAUUUGAAAGAAAAACCAAGCCAUGCUUGUAAUAUUAAUUUUUGUUGUCAAAAAAAGUUGUUGAAAAAAUGAAUUUGUUAAUUUUCUUGAUUGUUUGAAUAUCUAUAAUUUUUCUGGUUGACCACAUCCAGUUUAAAAAUAUUUGUCUUUUUCAAAAACAAUUCCGUAAAGGAAUAUCCCAAUUUUAUCAGCCAUUCCAACAGAAACCGUUUUUAGAAGAUGUAUCGAUUUAAAAGAACAUUAUGGGAACGUCUGGGCAUAA